GCGUCACACCUGGCAGUCGCCCUGUUUCUUUCGCCUUCAAAAUCUUCUUGAAUAACGCGCCACGAACGGAUUAAUAUAUGCAAUAUGUCGGACAUUUUUUGGUUCGAUGCAUUUCAUUGGAUCUGUUCAAAAGUAUACAGAUGGUGUGUGUGAAUGACCGAACGAACGACGAGAUGAUGCGCGUUUUGCGGCUUUGACGACGGUUGCUGUUCGUUGAACGAACGAAAGAAGAAAAGAGAAAGUAUGACAAGAGGGAACAGGAUAGAAAAAGGAUGGUAGAUCGGAUACGAAAGGACAACGAAGGGAAUAGUCAAUGCAGGGCCGUACGAGAGAAUAGAUAUACCCUUUUGGCGCGAAUUUUAUAAGUGAACGAUAUCAAGAAGUCUUUUAAACGAUUGUAAAAUUGAUUAUAUUAAAAUUGUCUUAUAAUUAUCUAUCUUAGUUGAUAACAGGCAAUUAUAACUAUGGACAGGUAGUCGAUGAUUAGAUUCAUUUUUAUUAACCGUGUUUGAUUGAUUCGAUGAAAACUAUGAUUUUAUUAAUCAAAAUUAUCUUCAUUUAGUUGGCAAGCGCUUUACUUAUCGAUCGGUAUCUAACAUCGUAUUUCUCUUGCAAGUUUUACUUGUGUUUUUUCACAAAGUGACUUGUGAGCGAAACACGGGCGAAAAAAAGAAUGCGAAGGACCUCGAUCGAGUGCUUCACGGGUUUCGGAAGUGUGCACGUGCAUUGAAGCGUCCAAUUUCGAGAGACCGAGAGAUUAACCAGAUGCUCGACAUGUCCAAAUCGAAGCGCUUGAAAUUGGAUCGCACGAAAGAAUGCGUUGGAAAAAUUAUGAAGAUUGACGUUUUGAACUUUUCAGAGUAAAAACGAAGUGGAAGAAAAAUGAAAGGAAUAAAAAGGAGGAGAUUCGAAUGAAGGGAGGUUCUUGAGAUCAAAACAUUCGUGAGAAAAGGACUCAGAUUUUCCCCUCCGUAUAUACACGCGAGCAAACCUUCGCAUUUUCUUUGCACGUGAUAUUACGAACAAUGUGUUUUCUCACGAUAAUCGCCUCAUAGUUUCUCCAUUUAGCGUUUUACCACACUACAAAAGAUACAUACAUGCAAAAUCCACUAAGUCCCUUGUCGACCUUGUUUCCUGUUUCUGCACCAACAUUGUAUAAAGUACUUUCAUUACCCUCGUACAGCGAUGAAUCUCAUCAAAUAACAUUUCCUUCGUACAUUUUUUUGUGCAAUUCCUUUUACUUUUUAUAAUUUAACGACUUGCUUCAGAAAAAUGUUAUGAAUUUUUACCAUUUUCUCUAUUAUAUCGAUGACAAAUGGAAAUAAUUAAUAUGAAUAUAUUGUUAAUAGUAAAUAAGACAUAACGUAAUAAUUGCAUUUCUUAAAUGAAAGAUAUAAUGAAAAGGAUAGAGGAGUCGAAGGUCCGCCGUAUCAACAUACAGUCCUGUGUGAAGAGUGGGGUAGCGUACUCGGUGGCAGAGAGUGGGGGUUUCGAGGGUGCCGCUCGGUACGGUCGGUGCGCGCUGGAGCAGUGUCAGUCGGGACGUGAAUUGAAAAGGGUAAUGAGAAUAUUUGUUCUGUCCCCAUUUACUUCUUCCAUAUCUAUUCUCCCCUCUUUAAUUCGACUGAUCACGUCGACUCUAUUCCUCUCGCUCGUUCGACCUUCGAUCAAGAGAGAAAGAUAAAGAAAAGAAAAAAGGGAAAAGGAAGGAAUACUUAUUGUCGAGGGCAGGCAAGACGCUCGAUACGUCGUGUCUCUUCGGCGCGCGGCUUGCCGACGACGAGACGACAAAAAGCGCCCUUUAUCGAGCGAUCUCUUCUUUCGUGUGCACGUGUCUUAAAAUAAGGGAAAGAAGAAGAAAAGUAAAGAGAAAAGAAAAAGAAGUCUCGACUCUCGACGAAGGAAGAGGAAAGAAGAAUACGAAAUAAAACUUCGAAUGUAGGGAUAGAGGGCUGGAAGGGCUUCGCGAAAGAUGCCAGCAGCUCACGAGGCGAGUAACUGUGCAGAGUUUGAAGCAGACGAGGAGGAAGGUGCAAGAGGAGAACGACUAAAAGAGGAGAAGAGGCAGCAGGAGCAGAACCGGGGCCAUCGGCCCUCGGGGUGCACCACCUCUUCUUAACGCUACGAACGAAGCAACGUGCACGUAUGAGCCUAUGAUUAUAAAUUUGUCUUGCUUCGUUCUCGUCCUUAGUUAAGGGCACUAGCGAGAAGUACGGAGAUUUUACACAUUGAUAGAAAAAAAGUACAAGGAGCUAAUAAAUGUAAAUGCGAUCAAACACAAUCUAAUUGCUCCAUUUACACUUCGUUCAUCUUGAUCGUGUUUAAGCUUAGGAAGCACUGAUAGCAAGAGUACUAUAGUGCCUCUUAUCUUUCUUAUUAUCGUUGACACGAUCCUAGACGGCAACGGAAUCGUUGCUUGUUGUUAUUGUUGUUGUUAUUGUUAUUAUUGUGAAAGAGAAAGAAAAAUGCCAGCAUUACCGAGCACGAUCGAGUCACGGCACAUCGAUGACGUGACGCCACCUCCGAUGAUUGCUUCCUCACCGUCUUCCUCAGCAUCCUCUUCAGCAUCAUCCUCAACGUCUUCACCACCAGCACCAAGAAUGACAAGUCCUCCGAAUGUUGCUACGGCGACAUGUUAUCUCCCGGAAUCAAGAUUGAUCUCUAGAUCGAUUGUUUCUACUAGAUAUCCAGAAGAAAUUGAGGAAACCGCGAGAAGUAAUUCAGCAUCGACAGGUAGCACUGGUAGCAGUAAGUCUGCCGACGCUAGACCAAGGCAAAGUCUCUCGAAAAGCUCUGCUUCCUUGCGGAGUCUUGUUCGAAGAAAGAGUCGACGACAAGUUGGUGGUAGUGCUACUGUAAGUGGUGGAUCUUCAUCUAUUAUUGAGUCCAACAAUGAUUCUCGACACUCUCGUCAUCACGGUUCUGAAGAUGGACUUCAUCGAAGACGAGAAAGUACAGGAGGAGAAGAAGAGACGACGAUGUACACAAGUGGAAGGUCAUCUGCUCGAAGAGCUUCUUCUGUAGUUAGAGGAACAAUGGUAGCAGGAAUAGUUGGAGGCCAGGACAACAACAAUAUUGGUCAAGAUGCUUCUUCAUCCAUUAGCAACGUUGUUUUCGUUGCACCCACUGUGGUCUCUAAUGCUAAUAGGUUCGUUCGAACGACCUCAUCGUCUCUUGUACGUGCAACCAGCGUGCCUACCACUCCUGGACCAUCGACUUCAAACUCGUCCUCGCACUGGAACAACUCGAGUGAACAGGAGACCGAUUAUGUCGUCGAUCCUGUUCAAGGAAAGGCAUACUACAAGGGACAAUUUCUUGGAAGAGGUGGUUUUGCUAGGGUCUACCUGAUGACCGACGUCAGUGAUGGAAAUCAAUAUGCUUGCAAGAUAAUCCCGAAAAAUCGGAUGCAGAAGAUCCACAUGCAAAAGAUUGCACGCGAAAUCAUAAUUCAUAAAGAAUUGAAUCAUGUGAACGUUGUACAGAUGCAUCAUUACUUCGAGGACAACCUAAACGUAUAUAUGCUGUUGGAAGCCUGUCCGCGAAAGAGUCUAAUGCACGUAUUGAAGUACCGUGGUAAAGUCACGGAGCCGGAAGCACGGUAUUACAUGAAACAAAUGGUGACCGGUGUGGCGUAUAUCCACUCGCAGAAGGUCGUCCAUCGUGAUCUGAAGCCAGGUAACAUGUUCCUGUCGGAUCGUAUGAUCGUCAAAAUUGGAGACUUUGGCUUGGCGACAAGGCCCGAUGGUCAACGUAGACGUGUGACCAUAUGUGGUACACCAAAUUAUAUUGCACCGGAAGUUUUGUAUAAACAAGCAUACAGCUAUGAGGCGGAUGUUUGGGCAUUGGGUUGCAUCCUUUAUGCAUUGCUAGUUGGGCAGCCACCCUUCGACACGGCGACAUUAAAGGAAACCUACGCGAGGAUAUGUAAAAAUGAUUAUCGCGAGGUCGACGACUCGAUAGCAAGUCGGAGCGGUCAGAAUCUCAUAAACUGGUUGCUACAACCGGAUCCAGAGUUGCGACCGUCCUCGGAAAGGGUGAAGGAGCACCCGUAUCUCACGAAGGAAUACAUACCACCCUCUUUACCCCACACUUGUUGCUACCAAAUGCCGCACGCGACGAUACUCGAACCCGCCUCUUCUUCGCCUUCUUCGGUCUCAACUGCUUCCAGAAAUCAGGAACUUGGAAAAACUCAGGCUUGGCAAAGCUUAGACCAUCCAAAUAUUUCUCCACGUUCUCAGCAACGAGCAACAAUGCCAAACGCACAGCAACCAAUGCAAAAUCAACAAUUGCUUGAACGAUCUCAAAAGAAUAUACAAAAAGAUUCGAAGGUGUCCAAUUGGUUGGUACGAAAAUUACCAAAAUUACCGAAAUUCAAGCAACGACUCAGUAGCGUACUUUGUCCUGAUCAUAAAAAAACUAGUCUCCUUGCACAAAGUAUUCAGAUGCAUCGUGCAUUGGAGAGUUGUGUUUCUGAGAUGAAACGGAACAAUCUACAACAGAAUCCCCCAGGCGUCGAAGAUAUCGUGCCUCUUUUUGUUACUAAGUGGAUAGACUAUUCCAACAAAUACGGCUUAGGUUUCCAACUCUCAGAUAAAUCCGUUGGUGUUUUGUUCAACGACAACACGAAGAUCAGUUAUACUCAUGACAGGAGAAGAGUCGAAUAUAUGACGAUCGAUGACGAAGUGACGAGAUAUCAUAGAGAAAGGGAUAUACCGGUGCCUUUACAAAAGAAACUCGAGUUGCUCCAUCACUUUACUCAAUACAUGGACGAAUUUUUAACAGAAGGAGGUGAAAUCAAGAAAUAUCGAACAACGAUGAAACAGUCGAAGAAUGCAUACGUUCCACGUAUGAGACGGUGGCUUAGAACAGACAAGGCGAUCGUAAUGGAAUUAACGGUGCCACUACUUCAAGUGAACUUCUUCGUUGAUCAUACGAAGAUAAUAGUAUCUCAGGAAACUGGCAAAGGAUAUCUCAUCACCUACAUCAACACCGGUAGACAUGUUUCAUCUUACUGGUUAAAUGAUCUUCGCGAUUUCGGCUGUACUGCUGAUCUCUAUGAACGACUUUAUUAUGUUUGCAAGGUGACUCGAGAAUUUGCAGAGUUAGACAACAAUACGAUCGCCUGACCAAAUCGUGUUCUUCGACGACGUUCUUCGCAGAACGUGAAUCUCGUGAAAAGAACGAAACUAGGUCGAAUGACCUGAAAACGAAAGUUUAAAAUAUUUUCUUCUUUACAUCAUUGAGUUUGAAUUUGAUCAGAUUUUCAGGAUCACGAACUCCCGAAAAAAUCAAUAUUUUCCAUUUGUCAUAGACUGCAUCGGUUAGAGAGAAUCGAUGAAAAAAGCUUUAACUGUUUUGUUCAUCGACAUUUGUACAUUCGAUAGAAAUUUACGGUCUUAGAUAACUUAAAUUUAAGUCAUUCGAUAAUCAUAAUAUUAGGAAUGAAACGUGUCUUUCCAUUAUUAUUUAGCUGAGCGAGAAUGCUUCGAAAUAUGCUCCAACGAUGGCCACAUACCUUACAAGUAAUCAUAGAUCUCUAUUUUAUUUCUGAAAGAUUAGGAAUUGGUCGUUAAAAUUAUAUAUAUA